GCAAGGUCACCUUUACUGAAUACAAACUUUAGUACUACUGCUGCUUUUAAGAAGUGGGAGAAGAAAAUUAAUCUACAGGAUCAACGAGAUCAUCAUGAUGAAGCUAAUAUUUGUACUGAGUCUCUUCUGGGCGCUCUAUAGUACAGCUGGAGCCCUGACGUGUAUGACCUGCACAGACCAGACGUGUUCAAGCACAAUACCACUAACAUGUAGCUCAGAGACGAUGUGUAUAACAGCUACCAUCCGAGCUACUCAAUCUGGAACUUCAGCAACACAGCUCUACAAAGCCUGUGCAGCGUCCUCUCUGUGUCCGGCUACAGGCACCUCGACUUUUUCAGUCAACUUGGGAUCCCAAAGUACAAUUGCAUCUGCUCAGUGCUGCAACACAGACAACUGCAACUCACAGACUCUGCCUGCCCCCAGUUCUCAGCCCACUAACUCCCUACAAUGCAUUGCUUGUAACCCCACAACUUCUCAGUGCACCACUCCAAUAACCUGUUCAGGAGAUGAGACCAACUGCUUCUCAGCAACUUUGAAAAAUGGAGCAAACACAUUUCCUGCACUGGGUUGUGCAUCACCAAACACCUGUACAGCUGCUUCAGGUCUGGGAAGUUUGCCGUUCAUGCAGAGUGUUGGUUCAAUCACCAGUGGACCAACCUGCUGUGGAACCGAUCUGUGCAAAAAUCCAAGUACAACCACCACUGCUGCACCAACUACUACAACCAGAACAACUGCUGCAGCAGCAACAACUUCUACAAUAUCUCUGACCAUCACAUCCACAAGAGCCGGAACUCUGCAGUAUCUGACCUGCACAGAUGCGACAUGUUCAAGCACAGUUUCGGUGACAUGCAGCUCAGUAACGAUGUGUAUAACAGCUUCCGUCUUAGCUUCUUCAUCUGGAGCAACACAACGACAAAUCUACAAAGGCUGCUUCCUCUCUGUGUCCAAGAACACCCCGUCAGACAUUUUCAGUCAUCCUGGGCUUCCAAAGUGGUGUAGCCUCUGCUGAGUGUUGCAACACCAACGACUGUAACUCACAGACUCUGACUUUACCUGGUUCUGAGUAUCUAAAUGGCCUGAAGUGUGUUGCUUGUGACCUCAGCCCUUCUCAGUGCAACACUCCAACAGCAUAUUCAGAAGAUGGGGGCAACUGCUUGCCAACAGCUGGUGAGUUUCCAGCCUUAAUAUUUCAACAUUUCCUCUUUAACUUAUGCUAAACAUAUUAAUUUUCAUAACUUUUUAUACAUUGUGCCAAAUAUAAUUUUAAACAUUAGAAAUGCAGUAAUGUCUAAAUGAAAUUUACAUUUGAAGGCAUCUGCUAAAAAAGACUAAAGAAUCAAAUAGGUUAAAAUCCUAAAAAUAGGGUGUGAUCAAUUAUCUCAUUUGUUUAAAGACUGUAUUGAAUUUCCUAUCUAUGUAAGUAGUUUAGGUUAACGAGGGACAGGAACCUGCCCAAAGGACUAGUAGGACCACCCGCGACUGCUCAUGUUAAAGUAAAUGGAACACCAUGCACUGCUCUCUUGGACAGUGGCUCUCAAGUCACAAUAAUUUUUGACAGUUGGUAUGUUGAACACUUCUCACAUGUUCCUUUACAUCCAGUGUCAGGUUUAGCCAUCUGGGGUUUAAGUGAGUCUGAGAGCAGUUACCCAUAUAAAGGGUAAAUUUAAGUAGACUUGGAGUUUUUAGAGAAGACAUCACACAAAGAUUGUAGUGACAUCGUACCCUAGCUUCAUCAAGCCUGCAACGAAAACUUGAACCGGUACCGGACAGUAUGUGGGUGUGUGUGUGAGAGUAUGGGCCCAUGUGUGAUAUUAUGUUUAGAACUGUAAAUUUUCGGUAAAUGUACGGAGUUCUGUUAGUGACAACAUUGGAAUUCUGGUUAUAGUAAAACAGCACUUAAAAGUAAGGGUUU